AUGCUGCCCCUCUCCCUUGCCGACGACCAGCGGCAAUUUGGCGUGGUUGGGCGUGUGGACUUUGAGGACUUUGUGGAGAUGAUGGGGCCGAAGCUGCGUGAGGAGACGGCCCAUAUGAUGGGGGUGUGUGAGCUCAAGAUUGCCUUCUGUGAGUUGGACAGGAACGGGGACAGGGAGAUCAGCAGCACGGAGCUGAAGGACACCCUCUUGGCCCUGCUGGGGGAGCAUGUCCCGCUGCCGGAGGUGGAGGAGAUCCUGUGCGAUGUUGACCUCAAUGGAGACAUCCAUGUGGACUUUGAUGAGUUUGUGAUGAUGUUGUCCUCCCGCUAA